CCCGUUCGAGAACCAUCUCCAGAACCCCUACGUGAACCAACGCCAGAACCCGUUCGAGAACCAUCACCAGAACCCAUUCGAGAACUAUCACCAGAACCUGUUAGAGAACCAUCACCAGAACCUCUCCGAGAACCAUCACCAGAACCCAUUCGAGAACCAUCACCAGAACCCCUUCGAGAACUAUCACCAGAACCCCUCCGAGAACCAUCACCAGAACCCCUUCGAGAACUAUCACCAGAACCCCUCCGAGAACCAUCACCAGAACCCCUUCGAGAACCAUCACCAGAACCCAUACGAGAGGAAACACCUGAGCCUCUAUGUGAACCAACACUGGAACCUGUAAAAGUACCAUCUCCAGAACACCCUGUGGAACCUAUGUCCCAGCUGUCAUCAGAGGAAGAACUAGGAGCUGAUUCUUUCCAUGAACAAGCCUCCAGUGUCCCUGUGUCGGCCCAGCUGGACCUUUUCAAAUUUCAGGAGUCUGUUCCCUCCUUGGGAACUACUGUUAUGUCUCCUCCUUGCUCCCCACCAGGCCCAGUUUCUCCAGUUAGAGAGCCACAGAACCCUUCUUCUCUGCUGGACAUGCACUUUCAGUCUGACCCCUGGGACAAGAACCAACACUCGUCUGACUUUGCUUCAGAGAGCACAGUCAGCAUGAUGAACUUCCAGACAGAAGAGGAGAGGGAGAAUAAAGAGCGAUUCACACAUGAGACAAAGGAGGACGAAGAGGAGGAGGAAGAUGACGAAGAGAAAAUCCUGUUUAUGCCUUCCUCCACAGCUCCUUCUGCAGAGGCCUUUAAUAUGAUGGCACAAACCCACUUGUUGGGUGCCUCGCCCAUUGAUGAUUUCACCCCCAGGGACCUGAUCUCCCCUCAUGAAAAGGAGGAGGCAGUGGAAAAGGCUGAUGAAGAGAUCAAUGAAGAUGAUGAUGAGGAGGAUGAAGAUGAGGAACAGAGGAGACUAGGCCAUCAGCCUGCAUCCAUGAUCACUGAAAUGAGCACUUCUCAACCCUCUGAGGAGUUUCAAGUCCGCUCCUCAGCAUUUGGCGGUUCAGCGGGCUGGCACGGUGACGACCUUUUGUCUGGGAUGGACUCUGAGGAUGUGAGCAGCUGUACCAGCAGCCGGCAGCAGGGAGUCUCUGACCUCAGUAGCACCCAGCACACCGCUAUAUUAGAGGGCACCCAGAGCUCAGAUGCCAUGAUCGAUUCAAGCCUCCGUGGCUCUGAGGGAGAUGGUAAUCUCAUGGGUUCACCCAACGUGGAAACCCUAGCCAAUGAAGAAGAGGAGGACGAGGACGAAGAGGAUGAGCGGGUGGAUGAUAUGGACUUGAGUUCAGAGAGAAUAGAGGAGCAUCACAAGGUGUUCCAGCAGCAGGAACGUGAUGAGGAGGACGAUGAGGAUGUAGAGAUGCACAGUGAAGGCGUGACGGAGAGCUGUGGAAACGUAGAUGAAGAUGACUUCAAUGAGGAGGAGCAUUUAGACAACCUCAAUCGCUCUGUUCCUCCACCCUGCAUGCCCCCAGCUCCCUCCUGGGGCCAGACCAACCCUUUCGCUGAUACCUGGGGUCAACCAGCAUCACUGCUCUCUGUCUCCUCUCCCAGCCCGGUGUCUGACCAUGGGGCAGCUGAAUCUGAAACGCCAACUCAAUCUCCUGCCCAGGCAUGUUUGGACAGCAGUGCCCCUUCCUUUGCUCCUCAGCCAGAGCUCCAGUCAGCCCACGAGGAGAUGAAGGGUUCCGAGGAGGCACAGGACCUACUUGCUGGCCCUGCUAUGGGCAUGUCUCAGAGUGGCACAGGUUUGUCUGCUCACGGUAGCAGUGAGACAAGCACACCAGAGGAGCUCCGCGACUACGACAGCAGCUCUGGGGUGGAGUCGCGUUCUGACAAGCAGCAGACUCCGGUGCCUGCCUCAGUCCAGCCUGACCUGGAGCAGGACCUGGGUAUCCACUUGGAGAAAGGUGAUGGAGAAGAGGAGGAGGCUGAGACACUCCCUGCUGACGAGGUCCUGGGAACAGGACCCCCAACUGCUCCAGCAUCUGCCCCUUCUUCCCCCUCCACCUCGGGAGACGAGGCCAGUGAUACGGAGGGUGAGAUGCAAAUAAAUGACCCAGAUGCACCAAUGAUGAUGGAUGAGAGUGCUGGAUUUGAAAGCCCUACUCCAACCUGUAAUUUGCCAGCUCUUGACGAGGAUGAGGAGGCAGCAGACACAGCUGCUGGAGACGGCGAAGAGGAUGGAGGUGGGGCCACUCCCCAGUCAGCCAACUCUGUGGCAUCUUAUGGCUUCGACUGCACCACAUCCAACUCCAACGCACACUCGAUGGCCGAGAGCUGCGGAAAGAGCCCGGGGAUCUUCUCCCUAGAGAACAUGGAGCAGCUGCCUGAGGAGGCCAAGGACCCCUCCCUUAUCAAGGAGCUGACCCUGCCAUCAGCGGCCGCCGCUGCCCACGCAGACGACCUGCUGGGCAGACCUGUGGACCUGAUGCCUUUGGGCCUUCCGGGAGGAAUGCCGCCCAGCCUAGAUGAGCACCACUACAUGCUUGGUGGAAAGGUUGCAGCAGACCACCUUGGCGAAGUCGAUCCAUUGGAGUCCAGUCACCACUUCGGGGCCCAGGAAUCUGGAGAAACCGACGAUAGCCAGCCACCGUACUACUCAACCAUUUGUGAUAAGACUGAUAGUUUUCUGGCAGGUAAUGUAUAAGUCCCUCCUAUUACCCCUGGAAUGCACCUUUUCCCCACAACCCUCCCCUUACCUGUUGUUUGUUUUCUCUCCAGUUGAGUUAGAUGGCUUAGAAGAAAAAAAGAGGGGAGCCAGAAUGUAGGAAAAAAUAAAAAAAAACAAAGAAUGGAGAUGAGAAAAAUGACUGUAGCAAAUUUUAAAUGAAGCCUCCCUCUUUCAUACUGUUAUGAUCAUGGUUAUGAGUGUCUGGCUUAAACUCCUUUAUGUACAAUAGCUACUACCAUUUUCUAGUAGAAUGU